AUGGCUGUGAUUCCCUGUUUCCCGUAUGCCCGCAUGGACAAAAAGGAUGAGCCUAGAGCACCAAUAACAACAAAACCGGCGGUGGCAAACAUGCUUGAUAGCGCGGGAUGCGAUCACGUCAUGACCGGCACCAUGGAUCUGCAUGCCAGUCAAAUGCAAGGAUUUUUUGACAUUUCAGUAGGCAACCUUUUCUCAGAGCCUUUGAUGGUAUCGUACAUCAAGAGGCACAUCGAUGAAUGGCAAAAUGAUAUUGGCGUCAGUCCAGAUGUCGGUGGAGACAAGAGGAUCACUGCAAUGGCAGACAAACUUAGCAUUGAAUUCGCCCUUAUACACCGGAAACGUGAUGGGAAUCUCAAAAUACCUCGGAGCUCAUGGAGUUUCUGCCACAUGCUCAUACUCGCUGCUCGGACGCUCCAUGAGACAGGCGCCAAAACGAUUCACGUUCUUAUUUUGCAUGGACUCUUCACAGAAGCCCACAUGGCGUCUUUGAGCAGCCUUCCUAUAGAGCGGCUCGUGCCCUCGACACAACACAUCAUCCACGUCUUCCGCACAGCAGAUCCUAUCCCGACGGGCAUCUGUACCAGUGUUGCCUUGUCUUGUGGCAUCACAGGCUAUAUCACGGAGACACUGCCAUUCGGGCAAGGUCAUCCGCUACGUUACCUUCAUUCACCUUGGGUGGUCUGUCGAUAUACGGACGCACUCGACUCGACUGUUCAAAUCGUUGAUGGGUUGUUGAGUGAGGACUGA